AUUUUCCUGUGUAGACAUUCUAAAUGCUGGAAUGAAGCAAUCAGGAGUAUUUUAUUUACAAAUUCGAGGUACAACGUAUUGGUUUUUAAAGGUAUACUGCGAUCAAGAAACAACGGAUGGAGGUUGGACGGUAAUACAAAGGCGCGACGAUUUUAAGGACUCCCGUGAAAAUUUUAACAGAGACUGGGCCGAUUACAAAAAUGGGUUCGGUGAACCAAGUAAAGACUUUUGGCUUGGUAAUGAGAACAUAUAUAUGUUGACAAAUAAUGAGGAAUAUUCAUUACGUGUAGAACUAGAAGACUUCGAAGGCAACAAACGGUAAGAUAUUUAAAUUCUGCGGA